AUGACGCCACAAAACAUGAAAUCCGUGGGCUUCUGGGGACCCAAACUGCUUGAAAACAAACCCUACCCGGCUAAGGAACACGCCCAACGUGUCGCCGAUCAUUUUAAGCGCAAAUCCAACACUAAGGAGGGGACCCUCUACGUCGCCGGCGCCGUCCAGGAGUGCUACUCGUUUCUGGACCUGCUGAAACGAUUCCGUCAAGAGCGCUACUUCUUCUACCUCACCGGUUGUGAGACUCCAGGGUCUCAUGUGACUGUGGACGUGGCUCUGGGCCGCACUACGUUGUACUUGGCCGACAUCGAUGAAGACGAUAUCAUGUGGCUGGGGUACCCGAUCUCGCAAGCCGAUGCCGCCAAACGGUUCCAUGUUGAUGAGGUUAAGUACGCUGUGGACCUCAAAACCGAUUUGGAAGCCGCUAAAGGGCCGUUGUUGACGGUGGAGCUUAAUGACAUGAACUCGCAAUUCCACGACCAAUUAACGGUUUCUCAGGACUUUGUAUGGGCUCUCGACGAAGCGAGAUUGAUUAAGGACGAGUUCGAGCUUGAAUUGAUGCGCUACGCCGCCGCUAUCACCGAUAACUGCCACCGCGCCGUGAUGGAAGCCACCAAGAUCGAGACCAACGAGUGCCACAUCCACGCCGAGUUCAUGUACCACGCGCUCCGCCAAGGGCUGAAGGCCCAGCUGUACGACCCCGUGUGCUGUGCCGGCCCCAACUGCUCCACUCUCCACUACGUUACCAACGACGACGAUAUCGACGAUAAAAAGCACUCGGUGCUUAUUGACGCCGGGGCCGAGUGGAUGAACUAUACCUCGGACGUCACCAGAUGUUUCCCGAUUAACGGCACCUGGACUAAAGAGCAUUUGGACAUCUAUAACGCCGUGUUAAGAAUGCAGCUGGAGACGAUGGCCAAGAUGAAGCCCGGCCAGCUGUGGGACGAAUUGCACCUUUUGGCCCACCGCAUCUUAAUCGACGAGUUUCUUAAGCUUGGCAUUUUUAAAGGUGACGCCGACGAGAUCUUUGCCAAUAAAGUAUCGGCUCCUUUCUUCCCCCACGGCUUGGGUCACGUGCUCGGCUUAGACACCCACGACGUCGGCGGCGAACCCAACUACGACGAUGCCGACCCCUUGCUUGCGUACUUGCGGUUGAGACGCCCCUUGCAACAGGGGAUGGUGGUGACCAACGAGCCGGGGAUCUACUUCCUGCCGUUCUUGUUGGAAAAGCCGCUCAAGGACGAGACCAUGUUGAAGUAUAUCAACAAGGAUGUCGUCGACAAGUACUGGUACAUUGGUGGGGUGAGAAUCGAGGACGAUAUUGUGAUUACUAAAGACGGCUACGAAAACUUGACUAAGAUCACUUCCGAUCCCGUUGAGAUCGAGAAGAUCGUGAAGAAAGGGUUGGAAAAGCAGUUCCACAACGUCGUGUAG